AACCGGAGUGUCCCGGUACAGAUUUUAUCGGACCUAUGGAUGAGUUUAAGAGCCGUUCAAACUACAUAAAAUCAGCAUUUUAUAAACCCAUUAAUACCAAAGAGGCUGUCCUACAUCCCUACUGGUGUAUAAAUAACUGAACUCGUUAUAUAUUUACUCGCCACCGCUUAGAGUUGUUUUAUGACCGUAAGGUAACCGCCUCGUCGGGAGGUCCAAAGGACAAAAUCAAACACAUUUUUUAUAUCUUACGGAAGCCCGCGCAGUCAGACAAAGACAAAUUCUGUUGUACUCGGUUCUCCUCUUUUUGUGGGUUCUCUUUUUGUCGCGUUUAGCUCGCUUUGAUUCAAAUUCAACAGCCCUCUUAACACUCAGGGUCCGUUAGUUUUACUUUCCCCCGUUAUAUCUCCCGCUGCUGACUCCGCCCUGCUGCUUCUGUUUGUCUUUCACAGACGUGAUCCGUCCUGUCAGUAACAGUCAAACACACUCAGAGACACCGUUAUCUAUGAACUCUGAGGUGGUGUAAGGGCGGUGUAAUCCACUGUGAGCCGUCUGAAGAUGUCCGGUGGGUUCAGAUGGACGGUGGUCGUCCUGACCUGCCAACACAAAGACAGCGUUUAUGCUUUCCAGAGAGAGUUGGAGUUGAGGCAGCAGCGGGGCUCUCUCUCUCAGGGUGCGUUGGUUUUAACAGUUCGGGACCGCCAGGAGCCGCUGGGCAGCGGGGGGGCGACUCUGAACGCUCUGCUGGUGGCUGCUGAACACUUGAGCAGCCGAGCGGGACACACUGUGGUGACAGCUGACGUCCUGGAUGAUGCUCACAUCCUCAUCCUCCACACGGGGCGGGACUUCCCCUGGAGCUCCUGCAGCCGGGCGUUCUGCUGGCUGCCUGCAGAGAGACCGGAGCAGAGAGUCCAGGCUCCGGUCUGCUGUGUGGACCUGCUGCUGGACUGCCUCACCAACCAGGUUUGUCCCGGGUCUCCUCCUGGAGUUUGGGUCUGCAGCACCGACAUGGUCCUCACCGUCCCUCCAGAGUUUGUUUUGUCCUGGGACGGGUUCUCGGGUGUUCGGGUGUUGGCGUUACCGGGCGACGUCUCCUACGCAACCAACCACGGCGUCUACCUGACGGACCAGCAGGGUCGGGUUAAAGACGUUGUCUACAAGGGAAGAGAGAGGAUUAAACUAGCCGUGAUGCAUGAUGGGAAAGUUCCUCUGGUGUCUGGUCCCGUAUUCUUCAGCAGGUGUGUUUCAGAGAAGUUGCUGCAGACUCACGUCACUCCCCCUCUGGAUGGAUGCACCUACCUGGGCCUGGAUUCUGGAGCACCGCCCCUCCAGAUCUCUCUGUUCCUGGACGUGUUGAAGUGUCUCUGCUCAGAUCUGACUCAGGAUCAGUUUGUGAGCGAGGACAGAGCCGGCUGCAGUUCCGCCGUUGGACCACAGGGGGCGGCGGUGAGGAGCGGCAGGACGGAGCUGUGGAAGAUUCUGAGUGGAACGCCGCUCUCACUGGCGUACAUCCCUGGUGGUCACUACGACUACCUGACUGUGUCUGGGAAGCAGCAUGUGGAGCGACUGAGCCAUGAUUGGACGAAUAGAAAUACUCUGUCGCACAUCGAGAGAGAGAGCGAAGUGAGCGAAGGAGGUCGUGUCAUCAACAGCGUUCUGGAGGGAGACAUUGCCGUUGCAGCUGGUGCAGUUGUGCAACACUGCCACCUACAGGGUCCUCUUAAAGUCCGGACAGGUUGUCUCCUGUCAGGUCUCGAGUCGUCGACAUCACAGAGUAUCAGGCAGCUGUCACUGGCUGAUGACAUCAUCAUCCAGGGACACCGCAUAGAGCUGGGGGAGCUGAAGCUGAACGUGUACACGGUGAUGGGAGCGCAGGAUGACCUGCAGGUCUCCUCUGAAAACAGCAGUGCCUCCUUCCUCAACCAGACAUGGAGCUCCUUCUACAGCAGAACAGGAAUCGAGCCAGAGGAGUUGUGGGUCAGAGAAGAGCAGCGCUCCCUCCUGGAGGCUCGUCUCUUCCCGGUCCUCCACCCUAGAGGAGGUGCUGUUGGCCUGGCUGAAGGCGUCGGUUGGCUGCUCGGGGGGGAAGGACGCUGUCUUCGGAGGUGGAGGGAGGCGUGGAGACUCUCUUUGAAGGAGGUGAUGUCACUCACUCACCAGGAGGCGGAGCUACAGUGGAGGGAGGAACUAAUGUUCCUGGCGGGGAAGAGAGUGGGUGAUGCUCUGAGGAUGCGCACAGACGCCUGCCUGCUGCCGUGCUUCAGGGCGGCGGUGCUGGGGGGCCAGCAGGGGGCGCUGCUGCAGACACUCGACAGCAUUGCGGCAGGAAGUGGUGAGCAGGGGGCGGUGUCAGGGGCGGAGCUGGGCGUGGCAGCUCGUUGCCUCUCCUGUAUUGCUGACGUGUUGGUGUGCAUGGCUGGAGGGAAAGGAGGCCUGAGGAGCGGACCAGCUGCUAACAAGGCCUGGAGCCCCGCCUACUCCCUGUUAGAGGAGGGUAACCUGAGGGGCGGAGUCAAAGCCCUGGCUGAGCAGAGAGCUCAUUGGCUCAGCAGGCCGGACCUGCUUGUACGAGCGGCACGUCACUAUGAGGGCGCCGGACAGGUGCUCCUACGACAAGCUGUGAUGUCAUCGCAAAGGUUCAUCUCCAUUGGACAGGGUGAGGUCCCGCCUCUAGAGGAGUGGCAGGAAGUGGAGUGUCCAGCCAGACUGGACCUGGCAGGCGGCUGGAGCGACACUCCACCCAUCGCCUUCGAGCACGGCGGCUCUGUCACAAACGUUGCAGUGAAGGUUGACGGGAAGCGUCCGAUUGGUGCCAGGGCUCGUCGCAUCAGGGAGCCCCGCCUCCUGCUGGUCAGCUACGCCGGGGGGCGGGACAGUGAGGUUGCCACGGAGACCGUGUGUGACAGCCUGGAUGACCUGAGGGACUACUGCCAGCCUCACGCACCUGGUGCCCUGCUGAAGGCCGUGUGUGUGUGCAGCGGUCUGGUGUCUCUCUCCUCCCAGCAUCCUCUGGGGGAUCAGCUGAUGCAGCGGUGGGGAGGAGGGGUGGAGCUCCACAGCUGGUCGGUGCUGCCAACUGGAUCCGGCCUGGGUACCAGCAGCAUUCUGGCGGGGGCGCUGUUGGCUGCAGUGUACAGUUGUACCGGUCGAACCUACAACACAGACUCCCUGAUCCACGGCGUCCUCUACCUGGAACAGAUUCUUACCACGGGUGGAGGCUGGCAGGAUCAGGUUGGAGGUCUGGUCGGGGGAGUAAAGGUGGGUCGGUCCAGAGCGUCUCUCCCCCUACAGGUGGAGGUGGAGCGUCUGUCCCCUCAGGACUUCCUGGUUUCUCUGGAGCAGCACCUCCUGCUGGUGUACACGGGAAAAACACGGCUGGCUCGAAACCUGCUGCAGGAUGUAGUUCGGAGCUGGUACAGCCGUCAGCCCUCGAUGGUCCAAAACGCUCAGCAGCUGGUGGAAAACUCAGAGGAGUGUGCACGAGCGUGUUCAGACGGUUCGCUGCGCAGGCUGGGUGUGUGUCUGGACCGCUCGUGGCUGCAGAAGAAGCUGAUGGCUCCUGGAUGUGAGCCGGCCUCGGUCAGGGUCAUGAUGGACGCCCUGAGGCCGCUGGUCCUGGGUCAGAGCCUGGCGGGGGCCGGAGGGGGGGGCUUCCUCUACCUGCUGACCCGAGAGCCUCGACAGAGAGAGGCGGUGCUGCAGGUCCUCCACAACACAACUGGUCUGAGAGACUUCAGCAUUCACUCAGUGGAGCUCGACAUGGACGGCAUUCAAGUCCUGCUCCAAUCCUGAGGAGGACACAUACCGGAUUGUCUUUCUAUACCUGUGAGGACCCUGCCAAACCACAGUCAUGACCUGAAACAAGGUCUGAAGCCUCACGCUGUUAUUUUAACAGCAUCCACAGCAUCCUAGAUAAUGUGCAUUUGUUGACAAACAGUAGCACUCCUCGCUGUGAGGCAGCUAACCACUGCCCGACCGUGCAGCCCACUGAUGCAUCAUGUUCCUACUCAGAGGAGAAUGUGCGACUUUUUGAUCCAGUAGAUGUCGCCCUUGAGCUCCAGCAUGAAACCAAAACAAACCUGCUGUUUAGCCACACCUCCCCAUACUGAAGCCUCCUCUCUCCUCCAGAGACACACCUCCAACCCCCCUCCACUCACGUUAGCACAAAGGAUUCAGGUGCAAGCGGUGGAUAAAAUCUUCCUUGGCUGGAGCUGCAAUCCCCUGUGUCCUGCAUUGUUGUGUUAGCAUGCUAAUGUUAGCGCUCUUUAGUUAGCUCGUAGCUUCACAUUGCAUGUAA